CGUUCGGUUAACUGUCCUUUGCCCGGAGCUGCCUGACGACAAGACCUACACCUCACCUCCCCGCCCCCCGACGACAACCACCACCACACCGCCACAAUGGACGACAAAGACCCCAAAGAGAAGACCAGCAGAGGCCUGUCGCUGCGGAAGAAGAAGACGGCCCGCCCCAAAAUCAGCGCGCCCAAGCAAAUCAGCGGACCCCUCCCCAGCAACCUGCAGCCUGUCACGAUACCGGAGGAGUUUCAACGGAAGGCCAGCGCUGCGAGCGGAUCGUCUUUAGCAGUUCCACGCGAACGAGGACAGCCUGUUGGAGGAAAGACGUCGGACUUGGUCAAGAAGAGAUACUCCACGCGGUUCAAUCAGGUCCAAAAUGACCAGAGUUCCGCGCCUCCUGUGCCAGCCAUGCCCGGCAUACCAGAUCGCAUUCCGCGUGGUCCACCUCCAGUGGAGAAAGAUCUACCACUUGUUACCGGACAGAGGAUCAAAGUCGAUAUCAAGACCCUCAGGGACCCCAGCCUGAGGCCCGAGCAGUAUGUUGCAAACCUUCUCGCCGACGCCUCAGAAGAGGAUAUCCGGAUCUAUCAGCAAGACCUACGCAAGGUCAAGAACCGCACUUCGACAGACCUUCAGCAUAACGUAUACCAAAACCGUACCCAGUUUAUCAAGAUCAGUAAAGAGGCGGACAAACUCAAGGGCGAAAUGCGCACUUUGCGCACGCUCAUGUCUGAACUGACGGGCACGCUGGGCCAAGCAACGUCGGCAAGCGGACUCGGCUCCACAGACACCUUGACUGCGCGGAAACAGGCGAACCGCAGCUCUGUGGCUAACCUUGAGGCACUGUGGAAUACCCAUUUGCAGACGUUGUGGAAGCGCGUCGAAGGAUCGCAGAAGUUUUUGCCGGCAACUCCUGGACGUCACAUUGUGUACGAGUCUGGCAGAUGGGUCGAACUGAACUCUGCAACUUGGAAAACGAAGAGGCGUGUGCAUUUGAUUUUGCUCAACGAUCACUUGCUCAUUGCAGCAGAAAAGAAGCGCGAAGCACCGCAAAAUCCCAAGGAGGCGAAGCAUAAGGAUCAGCACACACAGCUGGUAGCUGUCCGAUGCUGGCCGCUGCAGGACGUGCAAAUGGUGGACUUGGCGACCAAGGCAUCAACAUCUAAGAGCACUGGCGAAGUGGGAGACCGAGAGAGGAAGCGAGCGGCCGAUGCCAUUAACGUUCGUGUUGGCUCAGAGUCGUUCACCUUUGCAAACCCUGGACAUGAUCAGGUGGAAAAGGCGACGUUGCUUUCCUCAUUCCGCAAAGCCAUGGAAGAUUUGAGAAGAACUUUGGAAGCGGAGUCUGAGGAGCGCGGAAAGACGCAAGCCGACGUCAACUACUAUGCCAUGCGAGACUUGAGCGUCCUGAAAGAAGCAGACCUACUCGAGGGUUUGGGAGACAACGCGGCUCAUAACCGCUCCAGCUUGUUUUUGGACGUGGACGGAAAGCGACAGAGCUUACGGUGGGUCGAAAGCCAGCUUGAUGAGCUGGAUAUCAAUAUCGCUCUGCAACACUUCAAGCAAGCCGUGGAGCAGGUAGACAAAUUGGGGCGGAUAUCUAAGGGCAUCAAGGGAAACACCGUUGCGCAGGACAUCAUCGUCUUCAAGGUCAAUGAACGAGCCGCGAAAGUUGCAGGUCUUCUGACAAGGCAACUUCAAGAAACGCAUAACUGGCCCACAGCGACGAAGCGCCACGUAGACUGGCUAGUCCAGCUGGGUUUCGAAGACCGAGCCAGAGAAGCAUAUCUAGAAGCGCGCAGUGGUAUUGUCAAGAAGCGCACUCGGCAAUGCAUCUUCGAUGGUGAUCUGCACCAGUACAUCUACCAGCUCUCCUUCAUCUAUUUCACCGUCAUCCGCAACACGGUCCUGACGUACCAAUCGUGCUUCCCAGCGACGUCGAUGUCGGCGUGCGUCAAGUGGGCUAAAGAGCACGUUGAGUCGUUCAACGGCAUCCUGAGCCGUCAGCUCAGCACUGUCGAGCAGGAUAACCCGGUGUGGGUGGAGUGCAUGGCGAGGGCGAAGGAGCAUGGUGGCAUGCUGGCCGAUGUGGGCCUGGACUUCAAGGACCUGGUUGGCAAGAUAGAUAAUAUGGAGGACUCGGCGAUUGGGUUUGGCGGAGGACCCGGGGACGAGGAAGAGCAGGGCUUGGGAAUUUCGUAGAUGCGUAGAAUUUGAAGGUAUUUGGGGGAGGAAGAGAAUGGAAUGGUCGUUUUUGGGAUGGUGCAAAGUGUGGUUAAAUGUAGGUCGGGUUCCAAUUUGACUUUGAUAGUUUACACCACGGAGAUGGUUGAGCUGUGUUGCUGUAUGCUCAUGAGGGGGCAACUCAGCAGUUGGGAUUAUUGCUUUUUGCUUUGACAGCCUAUAGUCGAUACACGGCGU